UAUAAAGAGCGUGUCUUAGUCAUCACUACUAGUUGGAAACUCCGAUCUUUGAUUACGUCUAAGGAUCCCUACUCACCGUGAAACCACAAAUGUAUUUAUAUAACCAGCUGUCGUACACAGACUAGUACACAUCGGUUGUUGUAGUAAAAUGGUCCAGUGUUUAGUUUUUUUAUUGUGCAUUAUUAUAUCUCAGAGCUAUGGAGAUAAAGACCAAGUUGUGACGAGUAGAGGGUUAAUAAUAGGUGAUAGACAUAAAGGGUACAGCACUUUCCUUGGUGUGCCCUAUGCUAAGGUUGACCUGGAUAAUCCGUUUGGGCCCGCCUUAGAAUAUCCAAAAUUCGACAAACCGUUCAUCGCCAACGACUCCUCAGUAAUCUGUCCACAAGUUUACUUCAACGACAACGGCACCAUACAAUGUCUUCACCUGAACAUAUACGUGCCCCACACCGCCGCAAAGAACAACUUACGGCCAAUAUUGGUCUGGUUCCACGGAGGAGGGUUCGCCUUUGGCAGUGGCGGAGAAUAUGGCGGCCAAUAUUUGGCCAAAAAGGACAUCAUUGUCAUAACAGUCAAUUAUAGACUAGGAGCCUAUGGCUUCUUAUGUUUGGAUAACCCGACCGUACCUGGCAAUCAAGGUUUAAAGGACCAGAUCGAAGCUUUGAGGUGGAUCAGAAGCCACAUCAUACACUUCGGUGGUGAUGCCAAUCAAGUCACCAUCGCUGGCGAGAGUUACGGCGGAGGAGCAGUAGACCUACAUUUGUAUUCAAGAUACGAAACUCUAUUUCACAAAGCUAUCGUCCAAAGUGGUUCUAUGUAUGUAACUGAAGGAAUUUUCGUAAAACCAGAUUAUAAGGCGGCAAUUAAACUGGUAAAGCAAUUAGGAUAUGAUGUGUCGAUAACUAGCGAAGCUCUGAGAAUACUUGCUAAAGCCAAACCUGCUGAUGUAAACGCUGCAACUAGAAACCUGAGUAUGAUCCUAACAGUAUGUGCGGAAAAGCGAUUUAGGGGUGUACCGAACUUUAUCACCGAAAACCCCUUCCAUUUGGGGAACUCAUACAGAAUAGACGGUAUGCCAAUAAUGAUAGGGUACACGAGUCAAGAAAUGUUAUUCGAAUUCGCGAACAAGCCGCAGUCGUUCUACGAUAAUCUGGGGGAUCCUUUUGGGUUGCAGAUUGAAAAAACUUUCCUUUUAAGUCAAAAAGAACUUGAAAAGAUUAGCAGUAUAAUAAGACAUUUCUAUUUGGGAUAUAAAGAGAUUGGGCCUGAAGCACAAUUGGAACUGAGUAACUUCCUAUCGGACUUUGCAAUAAAUUAUGGAGUCGAGUGGUCUACCAACAGGUAUAUCGAACAAGGAGCUAAGGUGUUCAAGUAUUUGUUCUCGUACACUGGUGCUAGUGAUUAUAGGAACAUCACAGGAGCCGGUGCCUCUCACACGGAGGAGCUGAAGUUCCUCUUCGACUGGAUAUGGGCAAACCCGCUGACGAACGCUGAACAGCUCAUGAUGAGAGAGAGGAUGAUAAGGAUGUGGGCUAAUUUUGUCAAACACGGGAACCCAACUCCUGUAGAUUUCCAGCCGUUGCACUGGCCGUCUGUCACGGAAACUUCCAGACCGUACAUGAACAUAGACGUUGAUAUGCAAAUGAAGAAGGGUACAUUCAGGCAUAGAAUGGCAUUUUGGAACCUAUUUUGGCAUACAUACACUAAGCAUAAUUUUCUUUUAAAUUAAAAGAAUUAAAUUAAAUUAUAGGUACAGUAAUUAUAAGAACAGUAUUGAAUUAAAAACGUCAAAAAUGAAAGUAGAAAAUAUUAGUCAACCAUUUGUAAAUAUCCGAAUUAAAAAUGUAGAAGGAAAUUUGGUUUUUCUCUGGAACCGAAAUGUCACUUUUGUGUACUCAUUUUUUACAUGAUUGUGUAAGUUGUUUAGCACAUUGCUAUUAUUAACGCCUAGGCAUUCUAAGAAUGCUUAUUAAGAAUCUACAUUGUAACUGCUAAUUUAUUAGACACUUACAAUCAAUGUGAACAUAGACUAUGUGGUAUUAGGUAACUAGGUACUUGAAACAUCAAUUGACUAGUUUUUUUACAUGUUUCACCGCUAUAUCGCCUGGUGAUGGAACAAGCCUGCUCUUAAGCAACCUAUUCAUUUAAAUUCAUGCAAAAGCAAAGUUAUACCUUUUGGAAAGCUAACAUUAGCUGAGGCCGCGGAGGACUUAAAUGGUUACCGGGGCUCCGGCUCAAAGGGAAGGAGUAGGAACG